AAUGAAAAAAAAUCCCCAUGAGGUUGUUUACAAAGUUUGCUGCACUUGACGGUUCAGUGCAUUUCAUCUGUGACACAAUAUUCAGUAUAGAGAUUUGUGUGUUACUCAGUUAGAUGAAGAUAAGAAUUGUCGCUUGAUGAAACCAUAAUGGGAGCGCCCUCCUCCAUUUACUCAGCAAUGUUAAGACAUGUAGAUGUUCCCAGUUGCUAAUUACAAAGUGCAAACUUGGAAGCAUAUUGGCCUGAUUCAACUUAAAAUAAAUUUAGAUUUGUUACUGGUUCUCAUAAAACAAAAAACAACAACACUUAUUUAGUAACUGAGAGCUAAUGCAAAGUUACCAAAUAUGCUUUUUUUGCACUCUCAAUUUUGAAAGCAUCUAGUUUAAACCAUCUAAAUGAAAAACAGUUGAUGUUCUUUUCUCUCCUGCUGUGCCUGUCUACAAUUACAACAUCUGAUUGGUUGACUUUCUUGGCCAUAGAAAGCCAAUGGUAGUGUUGGAAGCAGCGUGUACUUGGCCCCAUGGGAUGCACCUUUUUUGUCUUUAAUGAUCAAGGUUGGGUUUAAAUUGUGGCCAGGUUUUAGCGGUGGCACAGUCGGUGUACAGGGGUGUGUUGAGAGUACACGAGGGGAUUGACUCACCUUCCUCUUCCAGUCAGUCAGCUGUGGAGCUGAACUUCCAGGCCCAGUCGGCUGUCUCUUCAGUGGUUCACGUCGCCACAUCCUAACAGGAAUCAGGAGGGUUACGAAUGGCUCGAUCUUCUAUCUUCCAUGUGUUGCUGCUAGCAACGUUAUUACCAGAGCUUCUGUUGGCUGGCCCUGUGACCCAGCGUUUAAAAGGAGACGAUGGAAGCGAUGAAAAGGCAAGCCCAAAGAGGCUAAUCCGCAACAGGAGAAACAUCAGUUGGUACAAGCAGCACUCUGACUUCUGGAGCUGGUACAAAUACUUCACUGACAAUGGGAACCAAGAGGGAAUUGCAGAGCUGGAUCGCGUCUAUCUGGCUUACUUGCAGAACAAGAACCGUGCCGAGUCACGCAGUUCCUACAAGUUGUACCUGCAGCACCUAGGCGACAUCUACAAGUCUUGUGCCGAGUCUGAUGACCCAAACUGCGUGGCCUCAUACACCAACAGACCCAAGCCCAAGGCUGAGGCACCAGCGCCUGCCCCAAUCAAGUCUUGUGACCCUUACAGAGACCCGUAUUGCAUGCACUCGAAGGGAUACUCAUAUUACCCCUACUUGGCUCCGGUCAAAGCCCCUGCACCUGCUCCAGUGAAAGCCCCAGCUUAUCUCCACACCCCUGUGGUGAAGGAUCCCCGUUCCAGUUACUACUACUACUCUCCGUUGGUGCAACCCUUCCUGUCAGCUGAGAAGAGAGCCGAGUUGUUGCGCAUCUGUGAUGCAGAAGAUGUCGAGUGUCUCCAGUACCACCUCCGUGCUGCUUACGGAUACAAACCCGCUGCUGCCCCGGCCCCAUCCUACGCCUAUCUCGGCUGCGACCCAAAGACAGAUCCUCACUGCGUACCCCAUCUGGCUCAGAAGGCGCCGCCUAGUCUGUAUCUGCGGUAUCCCCAUUGUGACCCUCGGGUUGACCCAUACUGUGCUUAUGCUGCUGCUCUGGCAUCCUCGCAGAACCUCGAAGCCCCACCUUCUGGCUUGGAGAGAUCCUGCAACCCUCUCUAUGAUAAUAACUGCAACCCUCUGACGGCCACAAGGUUUGGAAGCUUGGCCUCUGACGAUCUGAAGGACGAGCCCGCCUCUGAAGCCGGCGCCAUGCGGGUACCUCCGAGCCCUCGUCACGACCCUUACGCCAUGUACCGAGAUGCAUCUGCUGGGGCUGACCUGCGAAGACACAUGCCUACACAGUUCCAGCCUCCAAGGCACCAACCGGAGGAAACUCAACAUCCUUUGGGACCUCGCGGGAAGACCAAAGAGGGAUAUGACUGUUUCAUUGGGUAUGAUGCAGAGUGCCUCCCACUGGGUUCCCAAAACGAGCCCCGUAGUGCUGUGCACAGACAGACGCCCCACCCGGCCGAAGCCUAUGAGCCUCACCUGAAUGCUGAUGGAUCCAGAAACGGGGUGGUCGAGCCUGAUCCCGACUGCGACCCAGAGUACGACAGUAACUGUCGCUUGCGCCGAUAUGAGGCGGCCGAACCCGCUAGUCCUUCACCACAAGACGAGCAUCCAGCUCAGGAGCAAUCCCACGAGGAGGUCCCCCAGCAUCGAGAAGAGUCCUACCCUGAGACCCCAGGCUAUGAGCAGCAAUACGAGCCCUACAUGAGUGGACAAGAGGAUCCAUAUGCAGGAUACGGCCCCCAGGAACCAGGAGCGACUAGUUUUCAGGAUGUCCUGAGAGGAUAUGGUGGUCUGUAUCCUGGCCAGGAUGACCACCGUGCCUACAAUGGAGACUACAGAAACAAAUAAAUCCCUGUGACAAUGUAUGCCAAAAAUAGUAGAUCAGGACAGAAUGUGUUUAUUGUAGAUAAAUAUUGAACUGCACACUUGUAGAAAAGGUGCACAGGAUUUCACUUGGUUCACACAAUAUUUUCGAGAGCUGCUGAAAUUUCCUAGCUCUGGAGUUUGACAGCACUUUUAUAGGGAUUUUUGUUUUACUGAUUCUUUAAGCCCAUGUAACCUGGUUGUGUGUUGCAGCUUCUCUAGGAGAUUGACUGCUCUAUUUUCUAAUCGAGGAGCACUCUUCCUAGCUGGGAAAAAUAAGCCAAACAAAGUGUAUAAAAGAUCAAUAGUGUACUUGAAUAAACUGUAAUCAUGAUCACCUCCCCCAUUUUGGUUAGAUUCACCAGAUAAUCUCCCUUCAAAUUAAUAUUUAAUGAACUUCUGGACCCUUGCUUAUUUGUAUUCUUUUUUUAAAUUGCCAAAUUGAUGCUUUGUGAUUUGUUUGCAUAUUUGUAAGAUGUUUUUCUUUGAAUGUUUCAAAUAAAAGCUUUAAAGAUCUUGA